AUGACCCCCGGCCCGCAGGGUGCUGCAGGUGGUCCUGGUUUGGUACCGCGGCCGCCGUUUCCUGAGCAUGUGCGCGGUGGUCCGCCGUCCCGGACACCGACGCCUGUCCAGUCACCACGACCUGCCUUCCCGCAUACGCCCAUCCAAGGCGUUGGUGCUGGCGUGCUUGGGCCGCUGUUCCUUCCACGCGGCAGUGGCACGCGCUGGAAGCCGAGCGAUCCCACACCGUCGACCCCUGGCCCCGACGUUGGCGACAUGGCAAGCCCAGCAUACGAGCCCCUCAGUCCCGUGCAGCCCAGUGCAACAUCCCGCUCCUCGCGCUCAGGCGCGCGUGCUGACUCGGCCGAUUUGGAUAUGGUCGACGACGACGCCUCGGACGACGACGCCUCGCCCGUAUCGCCCUCAGCCGCUGGCUCGUCGGCAGCGGCUCUGCGCCAACCUAGGAACUUGCGGAAGCCGCAGUUCCCGGCAUCGCGGUCGGGGCAGACCCCUGACCGCAGUAUGCGUGGACCUGGUCGGCCAUCGAGACAUUCUCGCUCGCAAGGUGAGCGAGGCACCGUGGACGACGAGAGCCGUCCGAUAAAGGCGGAGGCCUCGACACCGAGAGCGUCCUUUGACGAUGUUCACGAGCUGGACGACGAUGACGGCCACUCGCGUGCUGCUCUUAAGAGAAAGCGGGGCCGGGGCGGCGACGAUGAAUCCGUGGACAUGUUCCUCCUCAACACCGCCAGCAACAAGCCUGACCCGUCCGUGGUUGCGCGCCGGCGCCUCGUGGGCGCGCCGACGCCACCCACACACGUUCUGUGGAUGCGCGGCUUCCCCAAGAUCAGUGCGUCGGCACUCGACCAGAUCAGCAGCCACCGCCAUGCCAACAUGUUUGCGCACAAGAUCCGCGACCGCGAUGCUCCUGGGUAUGGCAGCAUCGUGCGCCACCCCGUCGACCUCAAGUCGAUCCGCAUGGCCAUCUCGCAAGGCAACAAGGCCGCCAACACGGCGAUCGCCGCGCUGCCCGAGUCGGAACGCGAGAGCAUCAACAGCAGCAACAGCAGCAGCGUUUGGCUGCCGAUUCAUGCCGACCUCGUGCCGCCGCGCGGCAUCAUCAACAGCAGCCAGCUUGAGAGCGAGCUUGUCCACAUGUUUGCCAAUGCGGUCAUGUACAACCCGGACUCGCACCGUGGACCCGGCCCGGCCUUUUUGGUCGGCGACACCGCAGACGACGACGACGACGACCUAGUAAACAACACGGGCGGCACCGGCGGCGACAACGCGCGCUACAAGGUGGACGAGGACGGUGUGGUCAACGACACGCGCGACAUGUACGUCGAGGUGGAGAAGCUUCUUAGCGAGAUGCGCUCGGCCGAGCGCCAGCGCGGCAUGCCUGCCCCUCCGCCGGGCGCCAAAGGCUUGGAUCUGCCCCUCGACGACAUCGACGUGGUCGGCGUUGUUGGCAGCGGCGGCGCCGAGGGUGCCGACGAGGACGAGGACCGUCCGAACAAGAACGACAGCGACAAGAACGACAAGAACGACAAGAACGACGAAGGCCCCGGUGCGGCCGAUGCUGACGAGGGAUCCGGCACCGCCAAGCGGCGGCGGAUCACGCGAGGUCUUUAA